CACAAACACGCACUGAAAGAGAGAGAGAGUCACAUGCAAGGCUCCUCUGCCUCGCUCAUUUCAAUUUUCCUCAAUGAAUGAAAAUUUUUCACGGCAAAGUGUUUUUUCGGUUCGUUUCGUUUCGUGCUUGCUACGCGGUCGGUCGUUGUGCUGUCGCGUUGCGUCCACAUUGGUGUGCCCCCUGUUUUACGCGACCCAAAGGCCUGCCUGCCACAAAAAAAAGUUGUAAAUCCACCAAAUACCUAAUGUAUAUACUUAAAUUUCUAUUGCAUGUGCACCAGCAGCGGCCAUAAGAGAGAGAGAGAGAGUUAAAUAAUGUGUAAAGAGUGUUUGUGAUUUUAUCGUGUAUAUAACAAAAAUAAAUAAUAUAUAUUCUAUGCCUUUUGCAUAACAAAAACAACGCCAGCAGAAAGAGCAAAAGGAAAGAGCCAGAGAAAAGAAAACGAGUGACAAAAAACACGCACACAUCAACCAACAAACACACACGUUCGCACACACACAGGAGACGGUGGGACGCCUACGUCAAUAAGUAAAAACGGUACGUUUUAAACAUUAAGGAACAUUUAUAGCGAUUUAAAUGGAGGAAAACUAUGAGAACUAUGGGAAAAAACUGCUUUGAGUAGGAAAUUUCAACGUGAAACGUAAUUUGACCAAAACCGAGAAGAAGCAACGAUGCAGCAGUCCUCGAUGAGGCAGUGGUUGUUGUUGGCGUUGUUGUUGUUGCCGCACUGAAGACACACACACACACACAGAACACAUAGAACACAUAGAACACGUAGAAGCCUCCAUGUUGCACAUGUUGCAGCAAGUAAAAUGCUCAGCGCUGCCAAUGCAACAGCCACAAAUGCAGCAGGAGCAGGAGCAGCAGCGAUUGCCGCAACCGAAACUUAUGUCAUAACAAACAAGAAACAACAACAGCAGCAGCAUCAGCAGCAACAGCAACAGCAACAUUUUGUUGUUGCCACCAACAAAAUGGUGAUACCUGCCACUGGAGCAACAACAGCAACAACUACAUCCACAACAGCAGCGGCAGAAACAACGCAGCAGCAACAACAGCAGCAGCAGCAGCAACAUCAGCAACAGCAGCAACAUGUACUGUUUCAGCCGCACUUGCAUGCAACUGCAACAACAUCCACACCUCAGCAACAGCAACAGGCACCACCUCAGCCGCGCCAACAUCCCAAGAAGCGAAAAUUUGAUCCAGCAGAGCUGGACUCACAUGUGAGUCCUUCGGCAUUGAAUUGCGGUGCAGGCGCCAGCGAUAUCAAGCUGCAACAGCAACAACAGCAACAGCAACAACGUAUUAUAAUUGCAUCCCCGCUGCAACAUGCCGGCGGUAGUAGUACUUACAAGCAACAUGUGGCAUGCAGCAGCAGCAGCAGCAGCAAUAACAAUGGCCAUGCGGCAACAAUCAAUCAUCAGCAACGCACACACACGCCCACAACGGCUGUCUACUACCAACAGCAGCAGCAACAGCAACAGCAGCAGCAGCAGCAGCAGCGUUUUAUCUUUAACUCUCACAAUCAGCAACAUGUACAGGAGCAACAUCCACAGCCGCAACAGCAGCAGCAGCAGCAACAACAAUCCUUACUCGAUCUCAGCGAGUGGAACAAUACCCGUGUCCUAGCCAAAAUCCAUAAUCAUUAUGCCCCAGGGAUUAUACGACAAGUGCAGGAGGCACAACCCGAUUCAAUACUCGUGGAAUUCGAUUCCACCGAUCUGGGACUGCUCCUAUAUCCGGAUGUGUUCCACAAUGGACGAUAUCAUGUGAUACUCGAUGCCAGUCCACCCAUGGCCGAUAUCACGCUGGAUGCCCGGGUCUGUGUGCGCCAGCGUGUGGAGGGACGUAGCUCUGGCAGCUUCGUUUAUGUGGAGGGCAUCAUCACGGACAUCAAUCAGGCCACAAAGCAAUACAGUGUCCAAUUGUUUGGCGAUGAUAUGGCGCCCACAAAGGUUGUGCGUCGUGCGGAUCUACGUCUGUUGCAGCCACCCUGGUGGGACGAGCUCAGCGAGCUGUCACCCUCCUCGGGGCCAACCGUAGCAACAACGACAACAGGCAAGCGGAAGGCAGUGGAGGCCAUGCCCGUGCCCGUGCCCGUGCCCGUGUCCAGUGGCAACAUUGUGUACCCAAAGGUGGCCACAGGAACGCCCCUUACUUUUGUGGCCACACGGUACGACGGCAAGCUGCCCACGGCACCGCCCACGCCCACGUCCACCUCCCAGCAGCAGCAGCAGCCGCAACCGCAUCUGAAACAAGAAGAGUAUUACCGGACGACGGCCACAUCACCGUUCCAGAGCGGUGUAGCGCCGACGGCGCGACCGCCCUUGGGGCUGGGGGGCCAUGUGGUGGAGCAGACGACCACGGGGCAGACGGCGGUGCAGGUGAACGGCCUGCCGGACAUAGUGAUCUCUCCGGGAAGCAAUGGGCAGCAGCAGCAGCACCUGAAAACCCAACAGCAGCCAGCGUCGCGUGGCUACGACGACUACGAUUCGGAUGACGAGCUGAAUGUGGUGGGUAUCGGGUAUUCGCCGGCUGCCGGCGACCUGGACACGGAGAAGAUGAGCGCCUGCAGCAAACGGAGCAGCAUGCAGAGCCGCGGCAGUACGUCCAGUCUAUUCGAUCAGAGGCUGACACCACGAUCUCAUCCAGCAACUCCAAGAUCUCAGGCUACUACGCCGCAUCGUUUCAAGAAGGGCGACAUCGUGGAAUCGGAGUCCGGCGUGCGCAAGAAGUACAAUGGGAAGCAGUGGCGACGCCUCUGUAUGCUCUGCACGAAGGAAUCUCAGAGGAGGGGCUUCUGUUCGAGGCAUUUGAAUCAGAAGGGUAACAGUGCCCAUCCCUCGUCCACGGGUCCGAAUCGUUUACUGAGUGAUAGUCGUUCCAGCAGCAAGACACAGAUCGAUGAGGACACAUCGCGUGACUCGGAGACAUCGCCCAACUAUCGGGUCAAGGGUCGCUACGAUCAGGAGGACACCGAUGCGGCCGCCGUGCUAGUAUCCCUGAGCAGUUCACGCUCGGCCACGCCAUCGUAUACAUCACCCGUGAAUCAUGCCGGCGCCUCGCCGCUAAAUGCCAUCGCCCACUCGCCGGUCAAUGUGUCCUCGAACCAUCACCACAGGCAGAACUUUUUCACGCCCAUUGCUGCCACCAAUCAAUCCCAGCAACCUACCGCCGUGACAUCUGUGGCAUCGAUUGGUCCUUUGGAUACGGGAAAAUGGAAGACUACGCCCAGUCCGGUCCUUUACAAUGCCAACAACAACAACAACAAUGGAUGGGAGGGGAACAACAGCAACAGUGGAGCAUCAGGAAAUGGAACAGGAGGGGGAGGAGGUGGAGCACAACCACUGCCAAUGCCGCCACAAACAACGGCCGUAUCGCUGGUCAUGCAUGCCCCACCGCCGCAACACCAGCAGCAUCAACAUCAACAACCACCUGCCGCACACCUCAAUGCACUGCCAGGACCUGGAGCGCCGCCCAGCAGUGUGGGGCAUGCCACCAGCGUGAUACGCAUCUCCAGCAGCCAGCAGCAUGCGACAACUCAGCAGCAGCAGCUGCCGCAGCAGUCGCAGCAUCCCCAUCCUCACGUGGUUGCGUCUCAGAACCAAACGUUUCAUCCCGUGAUCGUGGAUGCCACACAGCUGACGGUGACGUCCAUGCCGGUUCAGUCCAUGAUGCAGCAGCAGGUGCCGCACACUUCGGUUUCAUUUCAUCAUCCCAACACGCCCACCAACACCACCUCUGUGGCAGUCACGUCGAUAGUGCAUGGCCACGGCCACGGCCAGGGCCAGGGCCAGGGCCAGGAGAAAGUGUUGCCAAAAAACGGCUACAAUGCGCCUAGCCAUCCAUGGUACAAGAUUCUGCCACAAAUGCCGCCCAUGACCAAGGCGCCACAAGGUCCGGCCACACCGACAACGACAACGACCGCCAGCAACUACAGCGUGGUCAUGAUGCACCAACAGCAACAGCAGCAGCAACAGCAGCAGCAGCAGCAGCCAUCGCCCCAGCAGAGCCCCUUGGGAGGAGGAGGAGUAGGAGGUGCUGUCCAACAGCAGCAGACGUCUCUGAAUCACAACAACAACCAUAUGAUUGUGCCGAAUCCGAUGUCGUCGCCCGGCAAGCCGCUCAACUGUUCCAUGAACGAUGCCAAGGUGGCAGCAGCUGCUGCUGCAGCAGCCGCCGCAGCGGUGACCCAUCAGCAGGCGGCGCCGGUGGCGGUGGCUGCAGAGGAGCAGGAUGACCAGCUGGACGACGAUGUGUUCGAAUCCACUCCCGCUCCGGCGGCGGCCAUAACCAACGGAAAGAAACAGACGGCGGCCAUGCAGCGGCAGCAAACGUACACGAGCAACAGCAAUAUCCGGAAGCUGGAGGAGUGCCAUGACGACGGCGCCAAUGGAGGAGCACCCAUCACUUCGGCUGCCAAGCGGAGGAGUCAAUCCUUGAGCGCCCUGCAGCAGCAGCAGCAGCAACAGGCAGCACAACAGCAGCAACAGGCGGCAGCAGCAUCGGCGGCAGGAGGAGCGGCUGGUGGACAGCCAGCGGCAGCGAACAAGAAGAUACGCAGGCCGAUGAAUGCAUUCAUGAUCUUCUCGAAGAAGCACCGCAAGAUGGUCCACAAGAAGCAUCCGAAUCAGGACAAUCGAACGGUCAGCAAGAUCCUCGGCGAAUGGUGGUAUGCCCUGAAGCCGGAGCAGAAGGCCCAGUACCAUGAGCUGGCGAGCGUCGUGAAGGAUGAGCAUUUCAAGCAGCAUCCCGAGUGGAAAUGGUGCUCCAAGGACCGCCGCAAGUCCUCCACGUCGACGGCUGCCGGCAAGGCAGGAGCAGCUGGAGCUGCUGCUGCCGCAGGCGAUGCCAAGUCGCGUCUGGCCUCGGUGGAUGGCUCCGAUUCGCUGGAGCAUGACAUGUGCCCCAACACGCCGGGCGGGCAGGGCGAUCACCAGGGCGACAUCAUCCCACUGACGAUCGACAACUACAACAGCGCCUGUGAUGAAGCGCCCACCACGAUCUCUGGCGGCAAGGGGGGCAAGCUCCUGAAGAACGAACUGCACUCGGAUGAGGACGAGCAGAUGCUGGUGGUGGAGGAUCAGCCGCCCUGCAAGAAGCUCGACCUGCAGUGUCGCGAACGUGUAAACGAUUCGGACAUGGAUGAUGCCCCCUACGAUUACCGCAAGCAGCAACAGCAACAGCAGGAAAAAGAUCAGCGCCCGCAGGAGGAUCAUGCGGUCGGUGCCAAUGGCCAGGCCAUAACUGCACCGCCGACUGGUGGCAGCGGCGGCGAUCGCGAGAUUACGCUCAAGCCGAAGGCAAUCAAGGCGCAUCCGGUGCUGGAGAGCACCAUGCUGCCAUAUGCCCAGAUGUCGAUCUAUACACAGUACACUAGUCCCAAGAAUCCAAUCGGUGUAACACCAUUCCAACCCACAGGCGGCGCCUUCAAGUCGAUGCCCAUCAGCCCCAAGGGCUGCAGCGGCAGUGGCAGCGGCAAAUCCGACGAGGCGGCUGCCGCACUGCAGCCACAUAUCAAGCAGGAGGACAUUAAACAGGAGCCACCAUCGCCAUAUAAACUGAACGGCGGCUCGGUAUCCGCCGCCGGUGUGGUCAGCAGUGCACCGCCGCAGAACAGUGGUGGGAGCUCCGGUGUGGGAGCCAUCUUCAAUUUCAAUGUGCCAACAGCGACGGCCCUCAGCCAGAAGCAGUUCCAGUAUCCCAUGCAUCACGCGCAUCGCAGUCCCACGGACCUGAGAGCAGCCGCCCAUCAGGCCUGUGUGCCCUCAUCGCCGGCGGCCAUGAGUCUGGGACAUGCUGCCAAUAUGGCCACACCACCGGCCUCCGCACCAGCACAGAUCAUGGGUGCAGGUCCAGCCCCAGGCCCAAAGAUGUUCUUUGCCAUGACAAGUCAGUACUCCCUGCUGCCGCGGUCCCAUCAGCCGGGGACACCCUCGCUGGAGCAUCUGCAGAUGGAGGCCUUUGCGGGCGGCUAUAUAUUCAAGAAUCACAACGGACUGCCGCCACCAGUCAGUGCCCAGCCGACAAUGCUGCUCCAUGGCUAUACGCCGAGUCACAGCGCAGAGCCGCCGGCGAGUUCGCCCUCGUACAAGUCGAUGCCCUCCACCCCGAAGUCGGCGACAUAUCACAUGAGUGCACCUCCGCCAGAGCGUGGCAGCCAGGAAGGAGGCGAGGAGAGCGACAUGGAUGCCGAUGGGCAGCAGUUCAUAUUGGCCCCAACGCCGGCACAAUUGGGACGAGCACCGCUGCAGCGGCGCAAGAAUUUAUCUCAAAGCAAGUCGGAGAGCAAUGUUUCGUUCGGAGCGAAUCUGGGGGCCAGCAAUGGGGGUGGUCAGCACAUCAGUCGGAAGCUGCACUCCCCCACAAUGAUGGAUGCCUCGUCGCCCAUCAUUGGUCAUGUGAAUAGUUCCAGCCUCAGUUCGGCACUGCCCACGCCCACCUCCUCGACAACGACGCCCAAUAGCGAUGAGCAACUGCCUCUGACGCCCACGACGAGCAACAGCAACAGUCAGCCCAAGUCUCCGUUGAAGGGGGUGUCGGCAGGGGCGGGGGCAGCAGCAGCAGCGGCAGCAGUGGCCCACAAAAAGAAGAACGAUGAAUUGAACAACAGUGUACUCAAGCAAGUGGACUUUGAGAAGAAAUACAAGGCACUGCCGCAGUUCCAGCCAGAGGAUUGCCAGUCGCCCAGUGCCAUAGCUGUGCCCUCCUCCCCGCGAGUGUACGGAACCAAUUAUCGCAAGAAGAACACAGCGCCAGUGCCAGUGCAGAAGCUAAUUUGCGAAGAUGAUUCCAUUGAUGAGCCCGCCUCGGCACCGCCAACCACAACGCAGCGCUUCUUUGGGCCCGACUUUAACAACGAGCUGAAGGAUCAAUGUUUUACAGAACUGGAGAGCUCGGAUCAGACGGGACGGUCGCCCCGUACGCCCAAGACGCCGCUGCAGAGUGCCAGAUCGGAUGCCAGCGAGAAGGGGCAUCGUAAGGUGCUGGAAACGCGGCGCAAUUUGGUUAUGCAGCUGUUUGCCGUUCACGGCAACUUCCCAACAGCACAGGCCACAAUUGCCUUUCAGACCAAGCACAUCGAUGUGUUUCCGCGCAAACAGGAUCUGCAGCUGAAGAUACGCGAAGUGCGACAAAAGUUGCUGGGACAGGCAUCCUGCACACCGCACUCGGCCGGCCCCAAUACGCCGUCCGACUCGAAUUCGUCGUCGACCACGCUGAGCGCCAACAGUGCACACACCACAAACGCGACACCGAAUGCGGCAGGUGUAAAGGAGCAGCAGCAGCAGGACUUGGAGCAGCAUUCUCAGGGCAAAGCAAAUGAAACGUAGGAGAGUGGAAGCACAGGACACGCCAACCGAACGGAUUGUUUGCUGCCAAAAGUGACAAAAUUACUUAACGAUAGAGUAAACUCAAUGAAAGCAGCAGCAACGUCAGCACACACUCACGAAAAAGGAAAGAAGAUCAACGGAUACAGAUACAGCUCAUGCAUGAGAUGCAGAUGGAUGUUUAACUAGUUUUUAUUCAAUGGAAAACAAAAAUAGAGGGAAAAAAAUUACAAAUUUUUAAUUACAAUAGGCAUACAAUACGAGUAAAACAAUACAAUACAAUAUACAAUAUAUGUACACCAAGCAACAAAGAUAUCGAUAGGAGAACCGAUUACGAAUGAAUUUAUUAAGCAGCUUAAUAAAUCACAAGAUCAUAGACGGAUAGUAGACGGAAAUUUUUGAAUAAUUGGAACUUUUGAAGCACAUAUGAAGUACAUGCAUACCACAUACAAGAAGAAGAAAAAAACAAAACUAAAACAAAAACAAAAAAAAAACAAAAAUCGUGUAGUAGAGAGCAUAAAUACAUAAUGGAACGAUUGUAUAAUCCCCCGCUUAAACGAUUAGGUUGAUAAUUUACAGAAAGAACUGCAACAAGGAGACGGAGAUUGAAGUAGCUUUAACCUUAAAUUGCACAUUAAUUUUUGAAGUGUAUUUAGCACAAGUAAAAAGAAGAAAAGGCAAAGAAUUGUAUAAAACAAAAACUUGAAAAGAACACAUAGUUGUAUUGUAUAUUUAGACGUAAAAUUUAUAACAAAAACACAAGAUGAAGAGAGAACAAAUCUAUGCAAAAAAACAAAACACAAACACACUUCCAAACACACACACACACACACACACAUCAAAAUGCUUUUAAAAUGUUUGAUUUUUGUUCUUAAAGCUUUUAACUUUUUUAAAUUGUAUGUACAUUUUUCUUUUUAAAUUGGCUUUUUACACUUGUUGUCUUAUUGAAGUAUAAUUUAUAUAUAUACAUAAUUGCAUAUAUUUUUACUAUUUUUAAUAUUAUUUUAGCGUAGAACACUGUUUUUUUUUAAAUUGUACACACACCGAAAAAUAAAAUAAUUAUACAUACAAUACAAUUUAUUACACAAGAAAUAUGAAGGAAUAGAUCAUAGAAAUGAAGAAAUGAAUGAGAGAGCGAGAACUAACUGUCUUCCACUGUUGCUGCAAUAUACUAUUUAAUAUUGUGUUAAUAUUCAGUUGAAUUAAAUUAAAUUAAAUUAAAUUUAGUUGUAAAUUAAAGUUAAUUUUAAAUGCGAUGCGUGUGACUGCACCACCUUCAUAAAAAUCCACUCGUUUGGUAAAAUUUACCUUGUACUCUGUGGCUUGUUGAUUGAUUUAUUAAAUGUCGUAUACAAACGUGUGUGUGUGUCUCUAUAACUUAAGUUCUUUAAUUUUAAUCCGUUUCAGUCACACUUUCUAUGUAUUGUAUAGUUUUUGUGUUCUACUAUCCCAAGAAGCAACAGUUGCAGCCCCACAAACAGACAGACAGAGAGACACGCUUGAUAUGCCAGCAAAGUAAAUUAGUAAUGCAAGAAAUUAUAGUUAAAACACAUACAAUAUUCAUAUAAUAGUUAGUGCAAUCAGGGAUCGUAAUAAUGGGGUUUUUUAUUCAAUUUAUUCAAUGUGUCUUCAAUGUUAUAUCUGUCUUUAAGUUGGUGUUAACUAUCCUCUUUUCUUAUGCCAGCUUAGAUCUAAACUGCUUUCCAAACCCUUUGCUCAAAGAUCAUCUCUUUACGAUAGCUUUCUGUUUUAAUUCCUGUACAACUGUCUUACUAUUAUCAUUACGUUCCCUGAUUGCAAUCAUUUGAAAACACUUGCAAUAAGUGAAUAGAAUGUGAAUGAAAGCGUAUGCCGCUUCCAUUUAGUUUUAUUCAUUGCUGGAUACUGCAAUUCUAGAAAUUAACCAAUUUUAAACACCAACUCACGUAGGCUUUUCAAAUUAUUUUUAUAUUCAUAAUUUAAUUAUAGUUUUUUCAUUAUGUUUAGUUCUUAAUUAUCCAUUAGUUACUUGUAUUAAUUAGAGAACAAACAAACGAAAUUUUAUAUGAUAAAAACCACAAAAAACGAGAGCGUAAAUUGUAGUGUGUUAAUGUUUAAAAAUACAAAUAAAAAAAGAAGAAUACAAAACAAGAAUAAAACAAAGUUUAUAAGCAAAUUCCAAAAAACCGGAGGUGUGAACUUAAUUAUAUUUAGUAGAAGCAACCAACCCCGUCUAUCCUGUCUAUCCCCCCAGCAAAAAAAUAAAAACCUUGUGCCAAUGACAAAGCUAAGCAAAUAAAACAGAUAAUAUUCAAGUAGAAUAUCAUACGAUCCCCAGUAGAAAAACCAAAAACAUGUUUGUCAAUUAAGUCAAAUGCAGCACAGAAAAAAACGAGAGAAUUGUUUUGACCCUUACCAAGCAUUGAAGAAAAAACUUAUACAAAGAAACCUCUAAAGGAACAACCACAAAAUACAUUUUUGGCAACAAACAUUUCGGACUAUGAAAAAUGAAACAAACAAGCAACAAAGGGAAAAACAAAGAGACAACUUUUGGCAAUUACAAAAACGAGAACUUUUUGCGGAAACAAACUCAGUACAGAACAAAAAAAAAAAACAUGACAAAAUAAAUGGCGUUUCGGAUACAAAAUUCUAAAAUUCAGGUAUAAACAAAAAA